AUGCAGCAGUUGUUCUCACGAUAUCAACUCGAAGACCAAGAUCGUUCGACUUUGUUUCGCAUCCACAACCAAAAUCCGUAUCGAGAGAACGAAGUCGUCUAUGCAUCAGACUUGGCUGCUCGAACAAAGUGGCAAGUUGAUCGCGCCAAAUUUUCGGGUGGGACUUUCGAGUAUCGAGAGCUCGGACACCGAAUUGUACUGCUAUUGAUGCGUGGAUGCCGCAGUUCGGUGGAUUCCAGAUGA